AUGACUAUGCUUAAUUUUUUUUCCAGUGCUUUCAGCCUCAAUCCUGCUGAGGAAAACAACAUGGACCACAAGAACCGAGGCCUAGCACUCAUAUUCAAUCAGGAGCGCUUCUACUGGCAGCUAAUGUUGAACAGUCGUUCUGGGACGGCCGCAGACAAAGAACAUCUUAAAAAGAGGUUUAUAGGCUUGGGGUUUGAUGUGAAAGUUUACGAUGAUUACAAUAAAGAUGAAAUUUUCAAAAUAAUCACUGAAGCUGCAGGUCGUAAUCACAUGGAUGCAGACUGCUUUGUCUGCAUUUUCUUGAGCCACGGUGAAAAUGGCCAUGUCUAUGCCUAUGAUGCAGAGAUUCACAUCCAGGAUAUCACAGCACUUUUCAGAGGAGACAAGUGUCCAAGCCUCAUAGGAAAACCCAAAAUAUUCAUCUUACAGGCGUGUCAUGGGGACAAACACGAUGACCCGGUCACUCCAAUGGAUGUGGUGGAUAAUAAUAAGAUCAAUAAGGUUGUUGUGGAUGCUGGGGUAGUGUACACACUGCCUGUGGGUGCUGACUUCAUCAUGUGCUAUUCUGUAGCUGAGGGUGACAAAUGUAAUGUUCCUCUGUGUAUCCAGGAUCUGUGUUUGAUUUUGCAUCAGUACGGCUCUGCACUGGAGUUCACUGAGCUUCUGACGCUCGUCAGUCGCAAAGUGUCCCAACGCAGUGUGGGAAACUGCAGUGACCGCUCUGCCAUUGGCAAGAAACAGGUGCCCUGCUUUGCCUCCAUGCUGACCAAGAAACUUUACUUCAGACCCAAGAAAGGAAACUAG